GUGAAAACUAAUGGGAAACUAGACUCACAUCAUCUUUUGGAUUCCAGACAGCAGAUCAGCCUAAGGAAAGCAGAAAGUUCACGACUGAGUUGACAAACCUGACAAUGGCUUACAACAAAUUCUUUAUCGUCGUCUUUUGUCUUCUGAGCAACCUGGCCGGGGCCCUCACAGAGAGCACUGUGUCUUGCUACAGGAUCGAGCCGGGGACAAUAGCAGGCAUCAUUUGUGCAGAUGUGCUGCUGACCCUCGUCAUUGUUGUCAUCACCUACCGAUGUGCCAGCAUUCGGCGUCAGAAAAUUGAAAAUGCUAACAAAGUGUACAUGAAUGUCCGGGCCAACUGCAAGAGCUAAUCUAAAGAAGAUGCUGUACAUUAUGAUAUUAUGUUACAUCUUUUAGAUCCUGUUUUCUCAAAAAAAUAUAUAUAUAUUAGAAAACGUUAGAAAAGGUUAAUUAAGUCUUUUUACAUUAAACUCUUUUGCAAUAAUCUAAACUAGAGUAUCUUAUAUAUAUUACAUUCCUGCUCAGCUUAAUACUCAUACAAUAAACUUAUUAAAAAAAUCAAAGUAAUUUGACUUACUACACAAUUACUGUUACAUACAAUACACUUGAUGUGUAAUGUCUCACAUAGAAGAUCUUGAACACUUUAUAAAGAGCCUUUAACAUUUAAUCACAAUGUGUAGUCUCCAGUUACUGUAUAUAUUUGGAGUUAUGAAGCAAAGCCUAACAAAUAAGAGUUGUGUUAGACUCUUUAAACUAAACUCAAAGUGUGUAAAUCAAACUUACCAACUUUGUGAAUAAAAUACCUCUAAAUGCCCAGUUUCUUAAAAUGUUGGCACUGUAACCACACCAUGCAGCACCCUCUGCAGGUGUGUUUUGGUAGCACAGUACUGUAUUUUAACAGGCCCUGAAGACCUUCUUUAAUAUAUGUUAUCAAAGAUUGUACUGAUACAAGUGAUUUAUUUUUUUAAGACAGACCUGAUGAUUUAACAUGAUUUUUUUUAUAGUGUAAGGAAAAUGUUGAUUAAGUAAAAAAUCCAGCUUCAGCACAUUAAUAAAAUAAGUUUAAAAUA